AUGCGACGGCUGGACACGUCGCGCUGGUCGACAACUCCUUACUAUGCCUUGGUGAUCUUCGUGAUCGCGUGUGGCGGCAUCCCCAAAGGUUAUGACGAGGGUGGCUACAGCGCCAGCGUCAAACUCCCUUCCUUCCAAACUGAUUUCAACCUGAUCAAAUCCAAUUGGGCCCACGAUGCGACCGGGCUGGCCAACCGGAAGGCGAAUAUCACCUCGUUCAACGUAUUGGGCGCGGCGUUCGGCGCCUUGUUUGCCCUGGACCUGAACGAUCGACUCGGGCGAUUGGUGGCGUGGCGAGUGGCCGUCAUCGUAUGGGCGUCGGGGAUGUUCAUCCAAGUGUUUGCGUCUGGAAUAUAUGGGUUGCUGCUCUUUGCUCGUAUAUGGAGUGGCUUGGGCGCAGGCGCCCUGACUGUCACGUCGCCUUUGUAUUUGUCGGAGGUUGCGCCCAAGGCGACACGAGGUCUCUCGGUCGGGCUGUACAUGGUGGCUCUGCUGGCGGUGCUGGCCAUGGGGUUUUUCAUCAAUUAUGGCGCUAAGCUUCACAUGGCCGCCACGCGCACCCAAUAUCGCCUAGUCCAAGCUAUCCCCCUCAUCCCAGUCGGCAUUGCCUUCGGUCUUUCAUACCUGUGUCCCGAAACCCCGCGAUAUCUCGCUUCGAAACAACGGCAUACCGAGGGGCGGGAUGCCCUCGCGCGUCUACGCGGCAAAUCCGCCGACGAUCCGAUCGUCAAGGCCGAGUUCGAGACCAUUGACGCCCAAGUGCGGGAGCGGACGGCAGACCUGGCGUCUGUGUCGCAUUGGACCGCGUUCAAGGAGACCCAGACGAACGCCAAUUACCGGCAACGCUUCUGGCUGCUAAUGACAAUGCAGACUAUUGCACAGUGGACCGGCGGGAACGGGAUCACCUACUACGUGACCAAUGUCUUCGAGUACGCCGGCGUCACAGCGGAUGCACAAUCGCUGGUCUCGUCCGGCGCCUACGGUGUCGUCAAGCUCGUGUUCACCAUGGCGUUCACUUGGGGCCUGAUCGACUUCCUAGGCCGGCGGCGGUGUGCACUGACAGGGCUGGCCCUGCAGUUGGCAGCACACAUCUACAUGGGUGCAUACAUGGGGCUACAACCCGGCUCCGCAGACAACAAGUCCGCGUCUGACGCAGCCGUCGCGUCCGUGUUCGUGUAUGCCGUCGGAUGGUCCGUCGGCCUCUGCACCAUCCCGUACUUGUACGGCACGGAGAUCUUCCCGACUCGCAUCCGCAACGUCAGCUACUCCACCAGCAUGGCCCUGCACUGGUUCUUUCAGUUUGCCGUCGUGCGCGUCACCCCCAAUAUGUUCAUCUCGCUUGAUGUCUGGGGCGCCUACCUCUUCUGGGCUAUCAUUUGUUUCUUGGGUAUCGUUAUCCUCGGCAUCUGGAUGCCCGAGACCAAGGGCGUGCCUAUCGAGCGGAUGGGCGACCUCUUCGAUACCCCAUGGUACCUGCGUUGGCGCGCUGGUCCCCGUGAAUCCGAGGCCCCGUCUUUGACUACCACAAUCGACACGACUGACACCGCUGAUACUGUCGACACUGUCGAUUCCACGGAUGUGAAAAAUCCCAAGCCUGGGAAUACGGCGCUCUAA